UCUGCCAAUGAAAACAUUGGCCUUCCAUUUCGCAGGAGAGAGAGAGAGAGAGAAGCAACAAGUAGCAAAAACAGAAAACAGCGGAGAAAGGUACCCUAGACAAUAGAUAGAGGCGUCCGAAAGAUGAUUCUUAGAACUCCUCCUCCAAGGAAGCGCAAGGUGGAUUCCGGCGCCACUGACCACGAGACUCCCGGUUCGAAUCGCGCUCUAGUCAUCUAUGAAGACCCCGUGCGGGAAUCUUCUCACGAUCCCUGUGAGCAGAUGCUCUGCACUUACCAAUGCCGCCAAAUGGUUAAGUCAGAGUUUUUGGAUGCAUUGGGUAGUGCAGAGAAGCAAGUUCGUGAUUACCAAUCCAGACUUGAAAUGUUGAAUGAUGAUCUUCGUAAAUCUGAAGUUGAGAGGAAAAAAUUCAGAGAUCAGUUCCUUUAUGCAGAACAAGAACUUGCUGCUGCCAAAGGGCGUGAACAGUCGCUGCAGGAGCAGCUUUUAAAAGAAGUAAAUGAUUCUCAGGAACGGCUCCACAAACAAAUUAGAUCUUACAGUGAACUUGAGGUGAAACUCCGGAAAGAAGUAAACCUUCGCAGGAAUGCUGAAUCUUCGGCGGCUUCAGCUGAAGAGAAGGCUAGCCUAUUAGAGGAAAAGCUGAACCAUCUCUCUGAAAGCAUGAGCAGAGAGAAAAAUUGUCUCCAGAAUGAACUUGUUCAGUUAAAGAAAGACUCCAAACUUUCUAUUUCUCGAAAACAUGCAGAUUUUGAACGAAUGGAAUGCAGAGCAAACAAUGCAGAGAAAGAGUCAGAGCUGCUGAGGAAAGAGUUGGAGGAACUUAAAGAGCAUCUGAACGAGUGUUUGCAGCAGAAAAAUGAAGUAGAAAUGAAAUUGUUAAAAAUCACAUCUCUAUCUCAAGAAGCUGCUUCUACAGAUACUGAUAUUUUGGUGAAGCAUCUACAGGAGGAGCUCAGAAACUAUGAGUCUGAAGUGCGUGAAGCAAGGAAGUUAAAGUCCUCGCAUGAGAACAAAGAGUUAUUAAAGGAGAAAUUUUUGGAAGAAAAGAACCGCAGGGAGAGGGCAGAAUCUGAGUUGCUUAAACUACAAGAUGUCCAGCUGAGUGCAAAGAAGUUAGAGGAUGAAUUAAUGUCAUGGAAAUUGGCGAUCCAUGAGAUUCCCGGUGUUUCUUGUCCUGAUGAUAUUAUCAUUAAGUUUUCAGGCUUGCAAAAGGAGGUGAUUGAAAGUAUGAUGAAGGUGGGUGAAUUUAAUGCACGCUGGAAACAAAUGGAAGUAGUUCUGGAAGCUGCAGAUCUUGGUAAACAAAAUGCUGAAUCUGAGGCCAUUUUGGCGAAACAGAAGGCAGAUGAAUUGGUAUCAGAAAUUAAGCGGCUUGAACUAGUUCUUUCUUUUGUUAGUGAAGAAAGAGAUAGAUUAAAAAAGGAAGUCGUUGCAAUGAAGAAGAAUGUUGAAGCAGAGAGUGAAAUGACCAGUGAAACCGUUAUCCAGGAGCUAGAAUCAUUACUUUCUAAAAAGGAAUAUUCCAUUAAAGAAUUGGAGAGCAAUUUAAAUGAACAAAAAGAAGUCAUUAAUCAUCAGCAUGAUGAAAUAAAGUUGCUCACUGAGAAGCUGAAUAAUGAAGCAAGGAGAAUCAAGUCAUUAGAGAGGGAGGGCGAUAGACUUCGCUCUGAAAUUUCUUUACUCGAGUCCAAGUUAGGUCAUGGUGAUUUCUCUGCUGCAAAUACAAAAGUUCUGCGAAUGGUAAACACCUUGGCAGUUGAUAAUGAGGCAAAGCAUACUAUAGAGGCAUUACGAACUGAAUUGCAGAAAACUAAAGAGAAAUUGCAAGCUGUUGAAGAAUUGAAAGGCCAGUCAGAUGCUGGAAAAUUAAUUGACUCAGAUAUAUCUGAAAAGCUUACACAGCUUAAAGGGCAAAUUGCGACACUUGAGAAAAGAGAAGAAAGAUACAAAGCUGUUUUUGCGGAGAAAAUCUCAGUUUUCCGAAGGGCUUGUUGCUUACUUUUUGGUUACAAGAUUGUAAUGGAUGAUCAACUGCGCCCUAAUGGAAUUCCAGUAACACGGUUUACUCUCCAAUCUAUUUAUGCUCUCAGUGAUGAUGAGAAACUUGAAUUUGAUUAUGAAUCAGGAAACACAAACAUUUUGGCUAGUGAUUAUGCUUCCCAGCCUGAGAUAUCUCAACAGAUAGAGAUAUUUAUACGGAAGAUGAAUUCCAUUCCAGCCUUUACAGCCAACUUAACUAUAGAGUCUUUCAACAGGCGGACACUUUCUUGAAGUCUGAGUAUUAGCUGGCUGGCCAAUGUAAGAGACUCCUUGCAAUAAUUUCCCUUCUGUCACCACCCUGAAUAUAUGGGAAAGUAAUAAAUCGAAAUGUACAUGUUUUCAUUGGUCUUGCUUCGUUACCUAUGAUGGCACCUUUUCUAAUGCCUGCUGUUGACUAAUGUCUGCAAAGUUUUAGACAUUUUAAAUUGAAGCCUGAAUGUUUGUUAUUCUCAGCGUGUAAUUAUGAUAGUUGAUGGUAGGACAAGGUAUUGGUGUUGAUUUAAUGAACUUGUCCCACUGGGCACCAUAGAUAACUUUAUAGGGAUUUAUUGGUGUUAGCAUUUAUGAUA